AGGAGGCAGUGUGUUCACAACAUCGGAGACUCCCAGGGACCAAACAUACACACACACACACACACAUACACACACACCGACACACACACAUAAACACACACACACGCGCGGACACUUUCCUCCGCUCAGCCUGAAGGACGAACUGAGCCGAAAAGGAGCCGAAAGCAAUCGGAGCAUUUGGAAACAUCGAAACAGGGAAGUUGGAGUCGAGCGCGUCAGUCAGUGCGGAUUAAAAGCCGGGCCGUCAGCAUGUUCAGCUGGGUGAAGCAGGAGCAAGGUGGACGCAACAAGGAAGGGGAGAUGUACCAGACGGUGACGGAGGGACUGCAGAGCCUCUACACCAAGAAGCUGCUGCCGCUGGAGGAGACAUACCUCUUCCAUGACUUCCACUCCCCGGCGCUGGAGGCCGCCGACUUCCAGAGCAAGCCCAUGGUGCUGCUCGUCGGCCAGUACUCCACCGGGAAAACCACCUUCAUCAGGUAUCUGUUGGAGCAGGAUUUCCCGGGGAUGAGGAUCGGUCCGGAGCCGACCACCGACGGCUUCAUCGCCGUGAUGUACGGCGAGAAUGAAGGCGUCGUCCCCGGCAACGCCCUGGUGGUCGACCCCAAAAAGCCCUUCAGGAAACUCAACGCGUUCGGAAACUCCUUCCUCAACAGGUUCAUCUGCUCUCAGAUGCCCAACCAGGUUCUUCAGAGCAUCAGCAUCAUCGACACUCCUGGUAUCCUGUCGGGGGAGAAACAGCGGAUCAGCAGAGGUUAUGACUUUGCGGAGGUGCUGCGUUGGUUCGGCGAGCGCGUGGACCGGAUCAUCCUGCUGUUUGACGCUCACAAGCUGGACAUUUCUGACGAGUUCUCCGAGGCGAUCAAAGCCUUCAAAGGACAAGACGACAAGAUCCGAGUCGUCCUCAACAAGGCCGACCAGGUGGACACCCAGCAGCUGAUGAGGGUGUACGGCGCCCUCAUGUGGUCGCUGGGGAAGGUGAUCAACACUCCAGAGGUGGUGAGAGUUUAUCUGGGCUCCUUCUGGGCCAAGCCACUGCAGAACACGGAGAACAGGCGUCUGUUCGAGGCGGAGUCUCAGGACCUGUUCAGGGACAUCCAGAGUCUUCCGAGGAACGCGGCUCUGCGUAAACUCAACGACCUCAUAAAGAGAGCUCGCCUGGCCAAGGUGCACGCCUACAUCAUCAGUCACCUGAAGAAGGAGAUGCCGUCUCUGUUUGGGCGGGAGAAGAAGAAGGAGGAGCUGAUCAUGAGGCUGCCGGAGAUCUACACCAUCCUGCAGAGAGAGCACCACAUCAGCCCCGGAGACUUCCCCAACGUCGCCAAGAUGCAGGACAUGCUGCAGCACUACGACUUCAGCAAGUUCCCGUCUCUGAAGAUGAAGCUGAUCGAGUCGGUGGAUAAGAUGCUGGCCACAAAGAUCGCCGUCCUGAUGGCGAUGAUCCGGGAGGAGGAGUCCAAGCAGCCGCCGGCCAUGGUGUCGGGCGGCGCCUUCGAAGGGUCUCAGGACGGGCCCUUCGGUCAGGGCUACGGCGAGGGCAUCAGCGCCGGGGCCGACGCCGAGGACUGGAUCGUGAGCCGCGACAAGCACCGCUACGACGAGAUCUUCUACACGCUGAUGCCCAUCAACGGCAAGAUCACCGGCGUCAACGCCAAGAAGGAGAUGAUGAACUCGCGGCUGCCCAACACCGUGCUGGGGAAGAUCUGGAAGCUGGCCGACUGCGACCGGGACGGCAUGCUGGACGACGAGGAAUUCGCCCUCGCGCAGCACCUCAUCAAGGUCAAACUGGAGGGCUACGAGCUGCCCACCGACCUGCCCGACCACCUGGUGCCCCCCUCCCACCGCAAGAACCCCACCGCGGACGCCCUGUACAACCACACCGAGGACUAGAGCGCCAGCGGGGCGCGAGCGAGCCGCCAAAGAGACUGAGUGAGCUGAGAGGAGGACGUAAGAAAUCACCACAGAUCAACAUUUCUGCUGCUGACGUUCAGACUGACAGAGGAACCAAUCAGCAUGCUGACAGAAGGUCAAAGGUCAAAGUUUAGGUGUCUUAUACUAAAGAACUCGUUGCCAAGGUGAUCUCCAACAUCGCUUUUUAUGUGUUUAAAUAACCGGCCAGCAAAGUAACCAACUAACUAAGAGACUGAGGCAAAAUAUUCUGCUUUUAUUUUGGUAAGAGUUUCUAUGUUGUGUAAUUCAGCUGAUUUCAAAGCACCAAAGAAGAAAAGUGACAAACUUCCUGCGUAACGUAACGUCGCCUCAUGUUUUACUAACUCUGGUUUAGUUCGCUUUUAUUGUGAAAGGGGACAGUGUUUCCUCAUAUUUAACCCUUUAAACCUUUUUUUCCCGCCUUCAUAUUUGUAUGUAUCUAAAUGACAUCACCUGCAGUAUAUUAGCGUAAGUUGCUUGUAGCGUCACUGAUGCGAAUCAAACAGAUUAAAAUUUAAUGGCGUCUAUCAGCCGCAGAGGUAAACACACCGAUCAGUUUUCACACUGAACGCUCGCCACAGUGUUCAGAGUUUGGAGCUUCUCUGCUCCAACUGUCCGUCCAGAAUGACCCACAAUGACCCUGAAUGACCCUGAAUGACCCACAAUGACCCACAAUGACCCUGAAUGACC